AUAUAGGUGGUGCCAAGGGAGGCCCUGACGCUGCAACAUAGCCCCUGCCAUCACUCCACAUGGCUGCAAGAGCACUGGUGCCGGCUGUCCUCCCGCUUCUCCUUCUGGUUGUCGCUACCAGCGCCUACGGCGGCGCCCAUGGUCGGCGGCCGAUAAGCCGGAGGAGCUUCCCCAAGGGCUUCCUCUUUGGGACGGCCACCUCGUCCUAUCAGUAUGAGGGUGGUGCAAUGGAGGGGGGCAGGGGACCAAGCAUCUGGGACAACUUCACUCACCAGCACCCAGAUAAAAUCGCCGAUAGAAGCAAUGGGGAUGUGGCAGUGGACUCCUACCAUCUUUACAAGGAAGAUGUGCGCCUCAUGAAGGAUAUGGGAAUGGACGCAUACAGGUUUUCCAUCUCAUGGACAAGAAUUCUUCCAGAUGGAACUCUCAAAGGUGGAGUCAACCGAGAAGGCAUCAAGUAUUACAACAACUUGAUCGAUGAGCUGCUGUCCAAAGGGGUGCAGCCAUUUGUGACCCUUUUUCACUGGGACUCUCCACAGGGAUUGGAAGACAAAUAUGGAGGAUUUCUUAGCCCUAAUAUCAUAAAUGACUACAAAGAUUAUGCUGAAGUCUGCUUCAGAGAAUUCGGAGAUCGGGUGAAGCACUGGAUCACGUUCAACGAGCCCUGGUCCUUCUGCGUCACGGGUUAUGAAAGGGGUGUAUUUGCGCCGGGCCGGUGUUCGCCUUGGGAGAAGGCAAACUGCAGCGCCGGAGAUUCAGGAAGGGAGCCGUACACUGCAGCCCACCAUCAGAUACUCGCUCAUGCAGCAGCAGCUAGAUUGUAUAAACAGAAAUAUAAGGCCGAGCAGAAGGGGAAGAUCGGAAUAAGUUUGGUGUCAAACUGGUUCACUCCCUUGUCCCGUUCAAAAUCAAGCGUCGUCGCGACGAGACGCGCCAUCGAAUUCAUGCUUGGAUGGUUUUUGGACCCGCUCGCCAGAGGAGACUACCCCGAGAGUAUGAAAGAAUUAGUAGGAAACCGUCUGCCGCAGUUCACCAAAAAACAGUCUGAAUUGGUGAAGGAUUCAUUCGACUUCAUUGGAAUCAACUACUAUACUACAAACUACGCGGGUAGCCUUCCUCUAUCAAAUGGCCUGAGGAACAGCUACUCUACCGAUGCUCAAGCAAAUCUUACCGGUGUUCGAAAUGGUGUCCCCAUAGGUCCUCAGGCUGCUUCACCUUGGCUCUAUGUCUACCCUAAAGGGUUCCGUGAUCUUCUACUUUAUCUCAAGGAGAAGUACCGCAAUCCGAUCGUCUACAUCACUGAAAACGGUGUCGAUGAAGCCAACAACAAGAGCCUACCACUCGAGGAAGCCCUCAAGGACGAUGCCAGGAUAGAGUACCACCACAUGCACCUUGAUGCCCUGCUGAGUACGAUCAGGGACGGGGCGAACGUGAAGGGGUACUUCGCGUGGUCGCUGUUAGACAACUUCGAGUGGGCGAGCGGGUACACGGUGCGCUUCGGGUUACACUUUGUGGAUUAUAACCAUGGUCGGAAGCGGUACCCCAAGCGCUCCGCCGGCUGGUUCAAAAGGUUCCUCAAGAGAUGAUUUCAGAAAUCAACUAGAAACCAGCGAGAAAUUAUGGAUGCAUUGUAUUUGGGGUUUACUUCAGUACCCGUUUUAGUUGAAACAUUGGUGGAGAUUAAAACAUAUCCCUUCAUAUGUGAGAGGCCUGUUUGGAAUAAAGGAAUUUCGCAGGAA